AUGGUGCUGGCAGACUUCCUCACGGAGACCAGAAGGCGAUGGCAGAAGGCCUUCAAGCUAUUUAAGAGGACCAAGGGCAGGAAGGCGGCACGCAACCGGGUGUCCCCUGCUUUGGUUCGAUCCCCUUCCUACAGCGGCACCGUGGACGCGCGCCCCGAGAUAGACAUGCGGAACUACUGCCCCUGUCGCGCGUCCCUGCCCCCCCUCCACGUAGCGAACGAGUCCUACGAGAACGCCUCGUGCUACAGCGGCUACGACAGCUCCAGCUCGCACCACAACAGCCUGCAGAGCUACGCGGGCUCCAACGACUGCGCGAGGUCGGACUCCGCCUACGAGUCCACGCGUAGCAGCCCCUCCCACCGGCCCGUGUGCUACGCGACGGUCACUUACUUCAACGUUAACGACAGCGACGACAGCUGCAGCAUCCACACAGAGUACACCACUCUAGACUACGACCCCAACGCCGAAGAGGACGAGAGGGCCCAGAACGUAAUCAAUGAGAGCAUCGAGCUUGUCAGCACGUUA